AUGAAAAAACCAGAUUCUGAAUUUGCUAUAUUCGGAAGACGUAUCUUCGACUUAAGUCCAAUUGAAGUUAUUAAGAACUUCGUCCAGUUUGCUUUUCCUCAUAGUAUUCUACUGAGGUUGAAUCUUCGCGUAUUCAAUGAGGAGAUCUCCACAUUUUUCAUGGAUGUUGUUAGGAAAACUGUCAAUUAUAGGGAAGAAAAUAAUAUUUACAGAAAAGAUGAUGGAGACAUUAAACAGAGUGGUUACCAAACCUCUUCAAUAGCAAUGACUUUUGCAUUAUUUGAACUUUCAACGCGUCCUGAAAUUCAGCAGAAAAUUAGAGAUGAAAUCCAUGGAGUUUUAGAGAAACACGACAACAAACUUACAUAUGAAGCUAUAAAAGAUAUGACUUAUUUAGAACAAGUUCUUCAUGAGACCCUUAGAAAAUAUCCACCGCUUCCAUUCUUAACAAGAAAGUGCAACAAAACAUAUAAAGUACCUGGUACUGACUUGGUCAUUGAUAAAGGCACCAUGGUUGGCAUAUAUUUGGGAUACAUAAUGAUCCAGAAUUCUAUCCUCAUGCCGAAAAUUUUGAUCCUCACAGAUUUUGAUCCUCACAAACUUAGAUUUGGAGUUCUGCAAGCUAAACUCGGUUUGAUAACUAUACUUAAGAACUAUAAAAUUUCACUUAACAAUAAAACUGUUACUCCAAUUAAAUUCUAUCAUAAAUCUAUGGGUGUGUUGACAGUUGAUGGUGUAUGGCUAAACGUUAAAAAGUUAAAUUAA